CUUAAACAAUUUCACGUUCUAAAAAAAUCUAAUUUCCACGUUAAGUGUCUUUCGCCCAAACCAAACCCUAACCUUUCUUAUCUUCUCAACUGCAACUCCAUAAUCUCCGAAAUUCAACAAUGGUGUGCAUCCGCAAGGCAACAAUGGACGACCUGCUGGCAAUGCAGGCCUGCAACCUCUUCUGCCUCCCUGAAAACUACCAAAUGAAGUACUAUUUCUACCAUAUCCUCUCAUGGCCGCACCUUCUCUACGUUGCGGAGGAUUACGGCGGCAAAAUCGUCGGUUACGUGCUUGCCAAGAUGGAGGAGGAGACCACUGAAUGUCACGGCCAUAUUACUUCACUCGCCGUUCUCCGUACGCACCGGAAGUUAGGCCUUGCUACUAAGCUCAUGACCGCUGCGCAAAAUGCAAUGGAACAGGUGUUUGGUGCGGAGUACGUGUCAUUGCAUGUGAGGAAGAGCAACCGUGCAGCAUUCAAUCUGUACACGGAGACACUAGGAUACAAGAUCCAUGACAUAGAGGCAAAGUAUUACGCUGACGGGGAGGAUGCAUAUGAUAUGCGGAAGCAGUUGAAGGGAAAGCAUCAACAUCAGCACCAACACCAACACCAACACCAUCAUCACCACCACCAUCAUGGUGGGGGUUGUUGCUCCGGAGAUGCCAAAGCCGAAUGAAGAUUUAUACUUUAUUUCAGUGUCAGUUAUUUUGUAUACUUGGUGUUGAGGCACACAGGUUACCCAUAUUAGGGUGAUAACUUUAUGAUAAUAUGGUAUGCUUGUUCUGUUUUUAUCUAAUAAAAGCCUAUGAAUAUUGACGUUUUU